AUGCGCGACCUUCCACGUCUCCCAGAGCGCGACCUUCCCGAGCUCCCCCAGGAAGCCCCGACUGCCCGCCCCCGCAGCCGCGCAUCCAGCACCCGCCCUCAGACCCCCGGAGGCGGUGACGGUCACUCCAACCCUCUCACACGCCUCUUCCGCUCCCUCCCCUACAUGACCAUGAAGUCGCGACUCUCGCGCACGAUUGAGGAAAUGCGGGAGGAGACCGAGAAGUCAGGAGCCGUCAAGACGCGCCUCUGGAGCGACGGCCUGACGUUACCGGCGACAUUCUGGCUGCACGAAUCGUGCUCGCCAAUUCUUAUUCGCAACAUUGCUAUGGACGGAGGGAUCAUCGUACCCUACGACGAGGCAGUGUUCGUCGUCGUCCCCGCCGACUCCUCGGAGGACUUCACACCCGCGGUGGUCGAAGCCCUCACUCGCCCCCGAUACCCCGCGAGCUUUGUCCUUCCCCAGUCGUGGGUCAGCAACUGCAUGCUAGCACGGACUAUCGGGGACCCGUUCGAGGCGAACCUGGUGAGGGAGGCUACCCCUCCGUGCAGGCGGACUCAGAGUUAG